AUGAACUGGCUUGCAAGUUUCUUUCUCGCGAUACUUCUAUCGGUACGCUCCCUGGUAUACGCGGAGGAUGUUGCCGCCAACUCUAGACAUUUGAGGACUUCAUCAUUGCUUACUUGUAUGGAGAAUUCCGAAUUUACUGCUUCUUACUUUGAUGUACGUUAUUACCCCGGAAACCAGUCGGUUGUAUUCAAGAUUGACGCGACCACUACAAUCAGUGAGAAUGUUACUGUCAAGGCCGAAGUAAUCACUUAUGGUCUUAAAAUCAUUGAACAAACUUUUGAUCUGUGCUCUUUGAAUGAAGCCACACUUUGUCCACUUUCUGCUGGUAGAAUAGAUGUGCGUUCAAGUUAUACCAUUAGUAGUGAUAUUACCAAUCAGAUUCCUAAUGUUGCUUACACAAUUCCUGAUCUGGAUGCGCAGGUGCGUGUUGUUGUGUAUUCGCAAAAUGAUACUGAUCAUGAAACUCCACUUGCCUGUGUUCAAGCGGUGUUGAGUAACGAUAAGACCGUUCAGACAAAAUAUGCUUCGUGGCCCAUUGCAGCAGUCUCCGGUGUGGGUGUGUUGACUUCAGGUUUCGUCUCAGUGAUAGGCUAUAGUACUACUGCGGCUCAUAUUGCUUCUAACUCCAUUUCGUUGUUUAUCUAUUUCCAAAACCUUGCCAUUACGGCUAUGAUGGGUGUGUCGCGUGUGCCACCUAUCGCCGCCGCUUGGACUCAGAAUUUUCAAUGGUCUAUGGGUAUCAUUAAAGUGGAUUUUAUGCAAAAGAUCUUUGAUUGGUACGUUCAAGCUACCAAUGGUGUCUCUACAGUGGUUGUUGCCAACAAGGACGUUUUAAGUAUCAGUGUUCAAAAGAGACAUUUGGAGAGGCUUGCUAAGAGAAUCACUUUGGCUUCGUCCGCAGACUACAGUUUUGAUUCUAUCCUUGAGGACUCAGAUCUUUACACUACUACCGAGAGAAAUACUACCGAAUACUCUUCUCGUAUCCUGGUGCUACGUGGUAUUGAAAGAGUCGCAUAUAAAGCAGGUAUCGAACUAUCGAAUCUCUUCCUCACUGGUAUUGUCUUUUUCCUCUUCUUUUUAUUCUGUGUGGUCGUUAGUUUGAUCUUCUUCAAAGCACUGCUUGAAGUCCUCACCCGUGCCAGAUUGAUGUCAGAGAGUACAAAUUUCUUUCAGUAUAGGAAGAGUUGGGGUAGUAUCAUCAAGGGUACUUUAUUCAGACUAGCCAUUAUCGCUUUCCCACAGGUUUCUUUGCUUGCCAUUUGGGAAUUUACUCAAAUCGAUUCACCAGCAGUGGUUGUCGUCGCCGUUGUCAUGCUUAUCGUUGUGACCGGUGUGCUUGGUUACGGUGCGGUUAGGAUCUUGAUCAAGGGAAAAGAAUCCAUGAGGCUAUACAAAAACCCUGCUUAUUUAUUAUUUGGUGAUGCAAGUUUCUUGAACAGAUUCGGUUUCUUGUAUACCCAAUUCAAAGCAGACAAGUUUUGGUGGUUGGUGCCUUUGCUCUCCUAUAGUUUCCUCAGAUCCUUGUUUGUCGCUGUGCUACAAAAUUACGGUAAGGCCCAAGCGAUGGUUAUUUUUGUUAUCGAACUCUUUUACUUUGUCGCUCUAUGCUGGAUAAGACCUUAUAUGGAUAAGAGGACUAACAUUUUCAACAUUGCCAUCCACCUGGUCAACUUGAUCAACGCGCUCUUCUUUUUGUUUUUCAGUAACCUUUUCAAACAACCUGCUGUUGUUUCAUCCGUCAUGGCCGUCGUUUUGUUUGUAUUGAACGCAGUGUUUGCCUUAUUCCUAUUGAUCUUUACCAUCGUGACAUGCACACUAGCAUUGUUACACAGAAACCCAGAUGCUCGUUAUGAACCAUUGAAGGAUGAUCGUGUCUCUUUUAUUCCAAAGAUUCAGGGUCCAAACGGCGCGGCUUUUGAAAACCCAAGCAAGUCUGACGCCGAACUGUUCGACUUAAGGAAGGCCGCCAUGGACACAAACGAGACCGACCAGGAGAAAAUUAUGCGUGCCGAUGCCUUUGAAAACAGCAAUGCCAAUAACAGAACCCUAUUCGACGACGAAGCCACUAGCAGUUACACGUAUUCGGGCUCUUCUAACAGAAUGCCCGCUCAAAACGACAUACCGCAACCUCUGCAACCCACAUCAGCCGUGAUGGGGCCUGGUAGCUCGCUGGGAAACCAAGGCUCAAAGGCCAGUUUCUCAAAUAAGUAUGAAGGCAAUCUGCGGAAACCAGAGACAAGCUUCUACAACUCGAAUAACUCCGGCUCGCAUUCCCCAUAUCAAUCCAAUUCCUACAUCUGA